CGCGAAUACCCAGCCUUGAAGAAUACCAAACCUUGCCGCCUACACUUCCUCUUUCUCUGUUGCUCUUCUUUUAUUUCAAAACAUCUCCCAUACAAUUCAUCCCUUCCCUUCACCAUCUGAUGAAUCGAUCCAUUUCCAAAGCAAAGCAUAUCAAUCUUCUUCUCCAUAUGUAAUAUAUAUAUAUCCAUUUAUUUCCCAGUUUAAGAAAUAACCCACAAUUUUCUCUCUUCAUUUUUCAUCUCAAUUUUCUUUAAUCUCUCUGUUUAAACAAGAAACAUGGCAUCCCAAGAACCUAUUAUGGAAUCUCGAAAUCCCAAAAUCCUCUCUCAGGAACCCAAAGCAACAACUACCUCUGAUCAUCAACAACCAAUCACCACCACCACCACCGCUCCUCUGAUUUUACCACCUAGUUACUCGAGCCGAGUAGUCCUGAAAACAAUAUUAGAACGAAGCGAUGGAGGGGUUGGAUUUGUGGGUAAGAAAGUGGUGAUAGGAGGGUGGGUUAAGUCUUUCAAGGAGGUGAAAAAACAUGCUGCACCAGCACUGUCACAGCCACAAGAUAAUGAUGGGGCUGCUGAUAUUUCUCCAGGGCAUAAAGAUGUUAGUUGCAUGGAGAUUCUUCAUACUAGAGUACCCUUAUUUAGGUCAAUUGCUAAGAUUUUUGGGAGUGGUGGGAAUUACCCCGUUCGUGCAAAGUUGGAGCCUGCAACAUCUAGACAGACUGCCAGUCCUAAUAAACCUGCUCAACGUCCUUCAAUUAACUUGCUUGUUAGUGAUGGUUCUUGUGUUGCUAGUCUCCAGGUUACAGUAGAAUCUUCUGAAGCUUUGCCGUUCCAACCAUUGCCUAUUGGAACUUGUAUAUUAGCAGAAGGCAUCCUAAAUCAGUUACCAUCCCAGGAUAAACAUAGAAUUGGGCUUGAAGUAGAGAAAAUACUUCAUAUAGGAAAAGUAGAAGAUGAUAAGUAUCCAUUGUCAAGGAAGAGAGUACCAUUGGAGACGUUGAGAAGCUGUUCACAUUUUCGGCCACGGACAACUACCGUGGCAUCUGUUAUGCGAAUCCGCAGUGCCCUGACAUUUGCAACUUACACAUUCUUCCAGGAUCAUGGAUUUCUAAGUGUGCAUGUGCCCAUCAUAACAACAACAGAUGGUGCAGGAUUCAGCGAAAAGUUCCGGGUGACAACUCUUUCUGGAAAAGAAGUCCAGAAGGCAGAGGCUAAAAUUUCUGAUGAUACGGAAGGUAUUAGCCUCGAAGCUAUUAAGGCUGCAAUAAGGGAGAAGAAUAAUUUAGCUGCACAACUCAAAAGAAGCGAAAGCAACAGGGAGGCACUGCUUGCUGUAGAGCAGGAUUUGCGCAAAACAAAUCAAUUGGCAUCACAUUUGGAAGCUAAAGAAAAAUUGAAAUUAGAAAUUUCAACGAAGGCUGAUAAAGCUAAUGUUCCUGAAGACUUCUUCUCUCAACCGACUUAUCUAACUGUUUCUGGUCGGCUUCAUCUGGAGAGCUACGCCUGUGCUCUUGGAAAUGUUUACUCAUUUGGACCAAGGUUUCGAGCAGAUAGAAGGGUGUUCGCCAAACAUGUUCCAGAGAUGUGGAUGGUUGAGGCUGAAAUGGCUUUUUCAGACUUAGAGGGAGCAAUGAACUGUGCAGAAGACUAUCUCAAGUUCUUGUGCAAAUGGGUCCUGGAGAAUUGUUCAGAGGACAUGAAAUUUGUUACAAAACGUAUCGACAAAGGCAGAAUCAAUCUUCUUGAAACAAUCUUAUCAUGUUCGUAUCAAAGGAUCACGUACAAGGAAGCAUUGGAUGUUUUGAAGCAGGCUGUAGAUAAAAAAGUUGAAACUCAACCAGAAUGGGGAACUGCUCUAACAGCUCAACAACUAAGUUACUUGGCUGAUGAGUUUUACAAGAGUCCCGUAAUUAUAUACAACCAUCCAAAAGAAGUUAAGCCAUUUUAUACACGGUUGAAUGAUGAUGGGAAAACAGUUGCAGCAUUUGAUAUGGUUGUACCCAAGGGUGGAACAUUGAUCACAGGUAGCCAGAAUGAGGAAAGAAUUAAUGUCCUGAAUGAAAGGAUAAAUGAAUUAGGCUUGCCCAAGGAGCAGUAUGAAUGGUGCUUAGAUCUUCGUGGGCAUGGAACAGUCGAGCACUCUGGUUUUAGUUUUGGGUUUGACCUGAUGGUUCUCUUUGCUACUGGCAUCCCUGACGUCAGAGAUGCGAUCCCCUUUCCCAGGAGCAGCGGCAAAGUUAACAGCUAAUAGGCUUACCAGAAGAAUUUUACCUUUGCUAAUGGGGUAAUCAUGCAUAACAAAUCCUUGUCAAAUGAAAUGAUAUAAGAAAAAUUAUACAUGUAAAAACAUGUAAUUGUAAAUGCUGAUACAUACAAUACAGGUGUAUGCUAGAUUAACAAACCAUAAAUGUAAAUGCUUGGUUGACACAUUGUACACAAAGAAUUUAAUUAGAAGUAUUUCGAAGAUUGUGAAAUAAGUCAAUACAACAGCAGUGGCGUGUAAUGACUGAAGUGACAGCGGGACAUCGAAUUAUUUUCAAUGCAAUA